AUGAAUGAAAUUGAACAAUUAACUGGUAUCUAUCAUGAAACUCAAGAAGGUUCUCUUUGUGCUCAACAUGCAUUAAAUAAUUUAUUACAACGUGAGUAUUUUUCAGCUGUUUCUUUAGCUGAUAUUGCUCGAGUUCUUGAUGAACAAGAAAGAAGUGUAUUAGGACAUCGAUCUGGCGAAUCAGAAAAUAUGGAUGACACGGGGUUUUUUAGUAUCCAAGUAUUACAAAAAGCAUUAGAAGUAUUUGAUAUUGAAUUAAUUCCUUACGCUAGUCAACAGCAUAUAGCUCAACAAGCACGUGAAGAUCCACAAUCAAUACAAGCUUAUAUAUGUAAUUUACGUGAACAUUGGUUAACUAUACGAAGAUUUGGUUCGCAAUAUUUUGAUUUAAAUUCUAUAUCGACUGUGCCGAAAUUAGUUUCGAAUACAUAUCUACAAUUAUAUUUAGCUCAAUUACAACAGAGUGGUUAUUCUAUAUUUAUUAUUAAUGGAACUUUACCACCUUGUACAGCUGAUGACAGACUUUUAAAUAAUACAAUAGAUCCAACUUAUUAUCGUUCAUUGACUGAGCGUUUAGAUGUGACAAGAAAUGAUACGAAUAAAAGAUCUAAAACUUCGCCAGGAUCUUCAUCAUUAUUUGAUGAAAGAGAUAUUCAACGUGCACUUAAAGAAAGUGCAGAUUUAGAUAAUUCGGAAGAUAAAGCUUUACAAAAAGUUCUUGCGCAAUCAUUACGUGAUGUAGAAGGAAUGGAUGAUACAGACUCACUGAAUCAAAAAUUACUUGAUCAAGCCAUUGCUGCUAGUUUAAUUAAUGAUGCAUCAGCAGCGGAGAAAGAUAAUGCAACUACAGAAACUAAAACAACAACAGGGCCAACAUUAGAAGAAUUACGACAACGUCGCUUGCAAUUCUAUGAUGGUAAAGAAAAGCCAACAACAGAAGAGAAUCAAUCAAAAACAAAUGAAUAA